GCACAGGACAAUAAGCACACACACCUUCCCUGGCGUCCCGUGUGACCUGAUCACUCUCAUUGUGCUACUGGCUGCAUUACGUAAGACGCCGGGGCCGUGCAGAAGGCACAGCGCAGCAGCUUGUGCAGAGUGUGCUGGGGGCGAGCUGGGGACGGAGGCGCCGACAGUACUGGGUACAGUAUAGGAAGACUGGCUGCUGCCGCUGCAUACUUCUGUGGCUCUUACCGUGCGGCUGUUAUACACCUACCUGGGAUGAUUCAGUAAGGGGCGAAGCUGUCUAAACUGAAGGAAUAGGAUUGGUAUGAGGAUUAGAGCAAAAUGGAAGGACUUUUAUCUCCCAUGAGAGCUAAGAUGACGGAGGGGCGGCGAUGUCAAGUUCACCUCCUAGAUGACAGGAAGUUAGAACUUCUUGUACAGCCAAAACUGCAGGCCAAGGAGCUGCUUGAUCUAGUGGCGUCACACUUCAACCUGAAAGAGAAAGAAUAUUUUGGAAUAUCUUUUACAGAUGAAACGGGACACUUGAACUGGUUACAGUUGGACAGAAGAGUACUUGAACAUGAUUUCCCUAAAAAGUCUGGUCCAGUUGUGCUUUACUUUUGUGUCAGGUUCUACAUUGAGAGUAUAUCUUAUCUGAAAGACAAUGCUACGAUUGAACUGUUCUUCCUAAAUGCCAAGUCUUGUAUUUACAAGGAAUUGAUAGAUGUUGACAGUGAGGUUGUUUUUGAGCUGGCAGCAUACAUCCUGCAGGAAGCAAAAGGAGAUUUUUCAAGUGAUGAACUAACAAGAACAGAUUUAAAGAAGUUGCCAGCACUUCCCACACAGGCCCUUAAGGAGCAUCCAUCCCUUGCAUACUGUGAGGAUAGAGUUAUAGAAUAUUACAAGAAACUGAAUGGGCAAACGAGAGGUCAAGCUAUUGUAAAUUAUAUGAGUAUUGUAGAAUCCCUUCCCACGUACGGAGUGCAUUAUUAUGCAGUUAAGGAUAAACAAGGAAUUCCAUGGUGGUUGGGACUUAGCUACAAAGGAAUUUUCCAAUAUGAUCAUCAUGAUAAAGUGAAACCACGGAAGAUAUUUCAAUGGAGACAAUUGGAAAACCUUUACUUCAGAGAAAAGAAGUUUUCCGUAGAAGUUCAUGAUCCUCGCAGGGCAUCUGUUACCAGGAGGACAUUUGGACAUGGCGGGAUUGCUGUGCACACAUGGUAUGCAUGUGCUGCUCUAAUAAAGUCAAUCUGGGCUAUGGCCAUUAGCCAACAUCAGUUCUAUCUGGAUAGGAAGCAAAGUAAGUCUAAAAUACAUGCUGCUAGAAGUCUAAGUGAGAUCGCCAUAGAUUUAACAGAGACAGGAACUUUAAAGACUUCAAAACUUGCAAAUAUGGGAAGCAAAGGGAAAAUCAUUAGUGGAAGCAGUGGCAGCUUAUUGUCAUCAGGUUCCCAGGAGUCCGACAGCUCACAGUCUGCCAAGAAAGACAUGCUGGCAGCACUGAAAUCCAGGCAGGAAGCGCUGGAGGAGACACUACGCCAGCGGCUGGAAGAGCUAAAGAAACUUUGUCUACGUGAAGCGGAACUUACAGGCAAACUGCCAAGAGAAUAUCCAUUAGAUCCGGGAGAGGAGCCGCCUACUGUUCGACGGCGGAUAGGAACAGCAUUUAAACUGGAUGAACAGAAAUUAAAUGCAAAAGGAGAGGAAGUGGAGCUGGAACGUCUGGAGAGAGAGUUUGCUAUUCAGUCCCAGAUCACAGAGGCCGCUCGUAGAUUGGCUAGUGACCCUCAUGUAAGCAAAAAGCUGAAAAAGCAGAGAAAGACCUCAUAUCUCAACGCACUGAGGAAACUACAGGAGAUUGAAAACUCUAUUAAUGAGUAUCGCAUUAAGUCUGGCAAAAAGCCCACGCAGAGAGCAUCCUUAAUCAUAGAUGAAGCAAACCUCGGUAGUGAAGACAGCUCACUGUCCGACGCACUAGUUCUUGAAGAUGAGGAUUCUCAGGUUUCCAGCAUCAUGUCUCCUAUGCAGUCUCCUCAUAAAGGCCUGCCGCCAAGACCUCCCUCUCAUGGCAGACCCCACCCUCCACAGUCACUGGAUGGACUGAGGCAGUUACACUACCAGAGAAAUGACUAUGACAAAUCCCCCAUAAAACCCAAAAUGUGGAGUGAAUCUUCCUUAGACGAACCAUAUGAGAAAGUGAAGAAAAGAUCCUCUCACAGUCAUUCCAGUAACCACAAAAGAUUUCCCAGCACAGGCAGCUGUUCAGAAGCAGGUGGGAGUAACUCUCUGCAGAACAGUCCCAUCCGGAAUCUGCCUCACUGGAACUCUCAGUCCAGCAUGCCAUCCACACCAGACCUACGGAUACGAAGCCCACAUUAUGUCCAUUCAACCAGAUCAGUGGACAUAAGCCCUACAAGGCUGCAUAGCUUAGCACAGCACUUUAGGCAUCGCAGCUCCAGCUUGGAGUCACAAGGAAAACUUUUGGGCUCUGAAAAUGACACUGGGAGCCCUGAUUUCUAUACACCUAGAACUCGUAGCAGUAAUGGUUCUGAUCCUAUGGAUGAUUGCUCCUCAUGUACUAGCCAUUCCAGCUCUGAGCACUAUUACCCAGCCCAGAUGAAUGCAAACUACUCAACACUUGCUGAGGACUCUCCCUCCAAAGCCAGGGAGCGUCAGAGACACAGGCACAAGUCUAACGGAAACCUUGUGUCCUCCAAUUCAGGGAGCAUGCCCAAUUUGGCUGCCAGGAAUGGAACCGGACACCAUGGGGUUUACCUGCAUAGCCAGAGCCAACCAUCAUCACAGUACAGAAUCAAAGAAUAUCCUUUGUACAUUGAAGGAAGCUCAACACCUGCUGUUGUUGUGAGGAGUCUAGAAAACGACCAAGAGGGGCACUACAGUGUCAAAGCACAAUUCAAAACGUCAAACUCCUACACUGCGGGAGGGAUGUAUAAAGAGAACUGGCAUGGGGAUGAUACUGUAGACUCUGUGAGGCUCACCCCCUCUCGCUCUCAGAUUGUAAGGACUCCGUCACUUGGCAGAGAUGGUCAUGAUAAGGGCUCAGGCAGGACUGGUGUAUCUGAUGAGCUACGGCAGUGGUUCCAUAGGUCAAGCUCAUCUCAUAAGGAGCACAACAGACUUUCACAUACCAGUUCCAACUCCUCUGACAGCGGCUCUCAGUAUAGUACAUCUCAAAGCACCUUUGUGGCACACAGCAGGGUAACAAGAAUGCCUCCAAUGUGUAAAGCAACAACAGCUGCCUUACCACAUGGUCAGAGGAGUUCAACGCCUUGUAGUGAUCUUACAGCCACGCCCCCCAGCAGUCCUCACCACAUUUUAUCCUGGCAGACCGGGACCUACAAUGAUAGUUGCUACCUAGACUCUGCCCUGUAUUCUGAAUUAGCGGAUGUCCAGUGGUACGGACAAGAAAAAGCCAAGCCUGGGACCCUCGUGUGAACCCAUAACCACAGCGCCAUUUGGAGACCACCUCACUGCCUCUCACUUGCCUUACCCAGAUGCACUAUCAUCAUCAGACACCAGCUUCAAGCACUUUUUCAUUAUGGAACCUACAAGUGAGGACCCAGUUCAAGCCCCACCUGUGUAUGUACAACUAUUCACGGAGACCCAAGUUGCUACUACUGACUAUCGCGUGCCUCCUGAUCUAUGUAUAUUAAUAAACUGUGAAAGACUCUUUCAUACUCGCUGGAGUCAUUUUGUACUAAUCUGGAAUAAAAGCAUCACUACUUAAUCACUAAUAAUAUCAUUGUAUGGAAAUGAAAAUAUAACAAUAUCAAAGAUGUGAUGUUUAGGCCAAGAGUUCUAGUAAAAUUAACUUUUUUUUUUUAGGGGAAUAGAUAUUAAAUAUUUCUGAAUCAA